AUGGCAGCUGUAUGGCUCUCACAGGGCUCUUUGGAGCUACAAAAUGCCUUGUUUGAUGACCAGGCUGAGCAGCGCUCUUGUCUUAUUUGCGGAGACCGUGCCACAGGACUGCACUAUGGCAUUAUUUCCUGCGAGGGCUGCAAGGGCUUCUUCAAGCGCAGCAUCUGCAACAAGCGCGUCUACCGCUGCAGCCGCGACAAGAACUGCGAGAUGUCACGCAAACAGCGCAACCGCUGCCAGUACUGCAGGCUGCUCAAGUGCCUGCAGAUGGGAAUGAACCGCAAAGCAAUCAGAGAAGAUGGCAUGCCGGGAGGCAGGAAUAAAAGCAUCGGUCCUGUACAGGACUUUUUAAAAGUCACAAAUUAA